UAGCGGUAUCAGUUUACUCGCUAACAAGAUGGCGGAGGCUUGCAAACCGAAAGCUAAAGCUAAGCACAGAAAGAAACAUCACACAGAUUCUUCAAAAUUCGACGAGGAAGCUGUCCCAUCGCCGCCCGACCCUGAGUUUUUGGACGAGUGCGCAGCGGUUGACAGUGUCACAAAGCAGGGACUCAACCAAAGCGGUGCUCUCGAAACCGUGAUCAACAAGGACGCCCCAUCGUCAGCUGAUGUGUCGUCAUCAGGUGCUGAAUCACCUCGUACUGCUAUCGAAAAUGACAUCUCUGAACAGGAGUUCUACAGCACCGUCUGUGAUCUUGACGAAGGAUCAGUGGCUGUGGAAAACAAAACUGCUAAGCUCAACGCGGAAGUACCAAGUGAUGUUUACGACGCAACAGUUGGUAAUCUCGAAAGCGAUCAUGAUGACGGAGGUGUUGUUGAAGACAUUUCCACUUCCCAUAGUCAGAGCGAAGUCAUAGAAAACAAGGACAACCCGUCAUCGGUUAAGGCGUCGCAUACUGCUGAUCUACCCUCCCGAACAGCUGCAGAAGGUGAUGUCUGCGAACAAGAAUUUUACCGUGCUGGUACGCUUCGCGAACUUGACAGUGCAAGGACUUCACAAGACGCGGAAAAUAAGACUAAUACUAAAGCGGAAGAACAGAAAGAGACACUCGACACGCCAGUUGUGGGGGAUAUUUCCACAGGGAAUACGGCACCACAAAUUUCAAGCGAUAGACUUCGCACAGAUGGCGACGCAGUGGCAGCAGCGGAACCCACAGACGUAAGCCAAGAGUGCACCGAAAUAGCGUUCAGCUUUCCGCGCGAUAUUGGUGAAGCUACGGCACCACCACUUGAAGGAAACAGUCUUUCGCUGUGUGCAGUCGAGCAGCAGCAUGUUGUGGAAGCAGGUAAUGCUGAGUGUGAAAAUAAAAUACUCAGCCACAGAAAGAAGAUAAAGCGACUUUACCCACAGCUGAAGGAAGUCUUGGAUGAGCCGACGAUGAGACCUUUUGCGGAAGAUCAGAUACUCACGCUUUAUGAUAAUCAGUUUCUUGCGAAACGAACCGCUAUAGAGAAGGAUUUUGCAGAAAAGCAUGCAGAGAAGCACCUAGACUCACAUGAACUUUACAAGCUCUUGAUCGAGUACAUGAAGUCAAGGCAACACCUCAUAGAGACGAGGACGGCUGUUAGAAAUUUGGAGAACGAUAUCGAAAACUUACAGCCUACCAUGUGGGAGCUCCAACCAAGGGUCGCAAAUGCGACGGGGAGAUGUGCAGACAACAAGGCGGUGUCGGGCCGACAUUCUUACAAGUACGCAGUCUUUAACGAAAGCGUUGCAAGUGUCGUCGCCGAAUCCCUCCAGAAACUGAGGAAACUCGCGAAAGAGAAGUAUUUCUUGCAUGUCCACAAUUGUGAAGUCCUCCAGCUAAAGAUUAAUUACUACAUUCACAGUGUUGUGAGUGUUCCAGUGUUCAAAAAUAUUCCCAAGAACGCACCACUGAGCAACAGUGUCCAUGGAGCCAAGCCUUUGUCAGCUGAUCAUUCUGACAUCGUUACCGUUCGAGAGUGCCUUAGUGUCCUGUUUGUGUUCGCAAGACGCCCCAUUCAAGACAAGCAGUUCCUCGAUGAAGUUAGGAAGUGGAUUACAAUGCUUGCGUCUCUGCUUCUGCGCAUUGCAUCAAUCGAUGACCACCUGUUCCUCCUGAAUCACGUCCUGUGCUGUCCGCCCGGUAUACACAAAUGGGCCAUUACCAUUGUCCAGAUCCCAAGACCUCAGGCUUGGUCCCCGCACACGGAUUGGCCGGUCGUGUUACAAUCCCCACAGCUUGACUAUGCUGUUGCUGCCCUUGCGAGCAUUCUUCUUCCUCCUGAGGCCAGGAGGAACUUCCUCCAGCCAAUCCUCUCUGCAAUGGAAGCGUCCAGUCCUAAGGACAACUGGGUCGUCCUCGAUUCGGAUGGUGAGGAAGACGGCAAGCCAGAAGAAUUCUGGCUCAGUUGGAGUGAAAACGAUGUUGUUCUGCUGUUAAACCAGGUCCCAUUCUCUGCACUGUUCAGGCACUUGCUUUUCAUCACGCGCGAGAAUGACGAAGAUAUCUACCAGGUUUCGAGGACAAGUGCACAGGGAUUGCUGAAGCUGAUCUCUAUUGCGUCGCACCUCCUGAACAUCUUUCACGAGGGUCUGAAGACGUUCAAUUUCUCGCGCUACAAGCAACUGACCAAACGCAUCAGCCGUUUCGUACGACAUACCGUGGAGUAUGUGGCUGACCAUUGGCUGGUGUACAGGUCCGUCAGCAACGAGGGUGAUGCAGCUCUUCUCCUACGCCUUCAGGUGGAGUACGACCAGUUCUUCCUCAGGGCUGUCAACUGCAUUUUCUACUCUCAACUACUGGGAGCCUGGCAGUUCAUGGCCAUUCUCCCCUACAAAAGUGCAUCUAAUGUUAUGAUGUGGCAGCUGCUCUGGCUGCUCCACAACAACUACAAGGACGACGUUGAGUUGGCUGACCUUUCUCCGACCGAAAUUUGCAACAGGAUUCAGGGCAGGGAUGUGAAGCUUGUGUUUGAAGAGAAGCUCAAUGAGAUGCCACAGUCGGAAGUCUUCUUCCUCCUCACUUCUUUCGCGAACAUGGCUGCCUCGAGAGAUGUAGACGGCUCCUCACUGAUCCAUGUCGUUGUAACUGAAAUAUUUGAAAUCACGUACAUUAACAAGCAACUACGAUCCACUUUCUCCAAAGAAGGGAGGGACUUGCUCUCUACGCUGGCUAACAAGCAUCCUUCGGUCAUAUCCGUAAUCCUGGACAAAAUUGAUGACCAUAUGAUGGAACUCGGCAACAUGGCAUGCUACCUGAUGCAAGCAAUGCCUCUGGGAAUGUGGGUUCCAGAAAAGGAAGAUUUGGACAUUAUAUCCCACUUUCUGCUGUAUUAUCCUCUGGGUUCCGCUCAGAGCCAGCUCGCACGACUGCUGAUACAGAGCUUGAACUAUGGAUUUGGAAAGGCGAACCAGCCAGAAAGUAAGACCCAUCUCGACUUAAGCACGCACCAGCAGAUGGGGCUUCUGCUGUUGGAGGCCUACCAGAAACUCUAUGUGCCGUACGAAUCGUCGGGGUAUGUGUACAAACAAAUAAAGACCAUCACAGAUUUUGCAAUGGCUACUAAGGAGUCGUCGACACCGGCUGGAUUUGUAAGCUGGAUGUGGGAAGUGCUGUUCAGGCUGAAGCUGCAUGCCUUUGAUCAAAAUAUCUCCUUGGCACUCGAGUUAGCGACAGCAGACCACGUUCUAGCUUCAGUGGCGCCAAGCAUGCAGAAGUGUGAUUGGUUGCAUCCACUUGUCCAGGCAAACAAAGAACUUCAGCCCCCCUCUCUGUACCUUACUCUCCUCAUCAGCACUGUUGGCCAUCACCGGGAUGAAGUGCUCAGCGAAGGUCUCAAUCUUCUGUCGACCUUGGUUGUCAAAGAGCAGUAUACCGCAGCCAUCCAGUGCAUCGUUCGUAUCCUGCCGCUUUUUUAUCGGCACCAAGAAUUACUGACUGAAUGUGCAGAGCUCCUGGCCAACUUGCAGUGUAUUGUUUUAGCAGAUAACACUUAUAUAGCCAUGGCAAAAAAUCUGGUGCAGUCAGAUUUUCCUGGUCCAAUUUUGAAGCAGCUGGCAGUGGCUAUGCAUGGCCACGUGAUUCAAGCCAAGCAGUGGCAAAAUGACACAAACCAAGACUUCCUGGCUCUGUCACUAAAGCUCUGGUUAUCUCUGGUGUGCAACCUUCCAGAUAUUCCGGUGUGCAAAGGAGCACUAGUAGCCAAAGUCAAAGGCAGGGACAAUGUGAUGUACCUUCUUGAUGUCCUUGUGCAGCUAGCUUACAAGGAAGCUCGGAGCUUUCAAGUCAUACUGACAUUCUUUAGAGACGUCUUAGCACAGUUUGCACCAGCAGCGGCAGCCAAGUCAGUUGUCAAGUCUAUGUUCUCUUUUGUUCUUGGGAGUGCACUAGCUUGGCCUGCCAUGGUGCCUUUGCCUUCAGUUCCAGAAUUUCCAUGGUUCGGAUGGGCUGGAAUGCUUGCCGAGGGUCAGUUGCAAACAACAACGGACAUGUGGAGAAGUGUCCUCAGGGAGAUGGCAAUUAAUUCUAAGCUGACACCAGAAGGAGCACUGAAGAAGGUGUCAGGAUACACCAAGGUGUUGCCACCUUCUGCUGAUGCCUUGUUGAUAUACCGCUGGGCUCAUCAGGCCAUGCAGACUGACCUUGAGCAUCCAGCACUACCCCUGAUUUGGCAACAGUUCUUCUUGCUCUACCUGCAGAGGACCUGUGUGCAGUUGUGUGGGUGUGUCGGGCAAAGGUUCUUUGAAAGUCCAGUUCAGUUCACCCUUCUCAAAAGGAUGAAGAGACGACUCAAUGAGUCAGCAGAUCAUUUUUUCAAGAAGCAUGCGGAACUGGCUCAGACAUUAAAAGAGCAGUGUCAUCUGUGUGAAGGCAAGGGAGAGGACGCAAAGCUACUAGAGAUGCUUACAGACACGUGCAUGCUUUACCAAACGCUCACCAAAGUAUAUAGAACAUUUUACUUGUGGUUGGAAGAACCAAGACUUCAUGACAGAAGCAUAACACUGACUGCACUUCCACCACAAUAUGCUCCAGAACGACUAAGCAGAGUUCUGGAAGGAAACCAGGAGCUGUGGCUAGAGCUUGUGGACAUUGAGAAAGUUCAGGACAAUGUCAGUACUUUGAUUUCAAGCUACGAGACUGAAUCAACACAUUGCAGGAACAGCGUGAGAGGAGACGCACAGUCAACAUUAAGUCCUGAAGAGCGAAUCUUAAAACGACUGAAGACGUACGAAGACCCUCUUCGGCCUCCACCAGUACCUUCUAUAAAGGCAGUCAUUCCAAACGUGAGUGAAGACCUGUUCAAGCAUCCGAGCCGGAUGAUGAAAGUUCUGUCUUCAGAACUAAAGGUCCUUGUGGGGCAUGCCAGAGUCCUGAAUGCUCAGGCAGCCAAGCUUUCUGUGCUGGAUUCACAGUACAUGAAUAACAUACCAGCUCUCUACCAGAACGUUUCCAGCCAGGUCCGACUAACGUUAUCCUGCUCGCAUCCGGGCGGUUGCACUGGCCCCGUCACUGCAUGUCUGAGGUUCAACCAGGCACAAAUGGACCACUUGUGUAUUGCAGCUGUCGACAGCAAUCGUGCGGCUUGGGCAUCCGUUGUGGCUGAGGUUCUCCAUGAGCCUUCUCCAACAGUCUGCUGUUCAAUGCUUCACAUAGAAGUCUGUCUCACACGGCUCAUUCAGAAGCACCGUACAGCAACUGCAACUGAGUCACGGACAUUGAAGGCACUGGGAGGUGAAGUCUUCUUCGAGCUCACUGCGGCCCUUAACCAGGAGACGACAGAAUAUGUGCCCGCACGCCAAUUCCUGGCGUCCUGCCUUGAAAUGAUAGGCGAGGAAUUCAUCUCGGACCAACCAGAACAGUGCCUCCCCGUGCUGAAGGUUAUCAUGAAGGAUCCCACAAUGGUUGGAUACAUUGCACCCUUCUUCACACCAUUCGCAGUCAGUGUUGACGAAUAUGUGAGGAUGUACGAAAGCAUCGUGUCGCGCCUUUCUCCACUAUUCUAUAGCGCGAUUUUUGUGCUGCUCACAAAGUUCGACAUGCAGAAGUGGCUAUGCUCUAAAGCUACGGACAACGCAGUGCUGGUACGGCUUGUAGAUGCUGUGGGAGAAGCACUGUCCAAGAUUGGAAUAAACCCUGAGAAGGAUGUGGUCCAGCUGUUGGACAUGUACCAGCUUCACUUGCAAGCACUGCUUAUGUUCCACUUCCCAGAACAUUACAGCAAUGUCCUUGGUGUCAUACUGAGAGGUGUCAACACUUGCUCAGUUCCCAUUACUGCUGGCUAUGUCUUCUUGCAUGCAUUGGGCCUCACUCUUUCUCCUGGUACAGCACCAGGCACACAACUGUUUGCCAUGCUCAGAGAAUUUGCAAUGAAGCAGUGCCUCCUCAGUAUGACACUACUCAAAGACACCAUGGACGCGAUUAGGAUUCAUUUUCAGAGGUUACGAAAUGAUGACAUUGCAGCGUGUAAGCAGGGAUUAUAUGGCAAACUACAGCCAUACCUUGCAUUCUUGUCAACAUUUUUUGGGCUGCUGUCCCACUGCCUUGUAUGGGAAGCAUGCAAAAUUACUAGUCAACAGUCACCUCAGCACUUGGCCACUGUUCUUGACUGCAUCUAUAAGAUGUAUGGUCCUUGGCUUGAGCUUGGAGAAGGCAGGAAGGCAUACCCACCCUGGCUACCAGGCGAGAUUGAACAAGUGGACAUCAUCACCAGUAUAUUUGUAGCUUCCCUUCACUUUUUUCAUGAAACCUGUUCAAGAAUGGCCAGCUUCUCUGUGCUGUCGGAGGUAUGGCAGCGGUGCUUCACAAUGUAUGUGUGGAAUGAUUGCCCAGAAUAUGUUGCAUCAGCCCUGUACUCAAAGCUUGGCUGCCUCCCUUGGUCUGAUUUCACCCCUUCUGUAAAAGAUAUGAUGCUGAUGUGUAAAGUUCCACAGAAGGAGUACGUUGGACACAUGCCACUGCUUGUGACCGUGUUUCAAGCAGUUCCUUGGCCGCAGGUUCUCGCAAAAGUAGCCGAAAGUGAACAUGUGGUCAAGGACUACUAUUCGUACUUUGCUGAAGUCCUAGUGAGGUGUGCAUGGUAUCCAGAAAUGAGUCAAGCAAAUACCCUGCCAUCUGUAAUACCAUCCAUUGUAGAGCUGCAGUGGCGCCUCCUUCCUGUGGAGCUCGUCUGCACUCUACAGAAGAUUUUUGAAGCCAGCUGCGAUGCAAGCAGUAUCCUCUUACCACACAAGCAGGGCACUGAAAAGGACAAAGCUCUCCUAGAUUUUGUAACAUGCUUGUCCUGCAUGGUACCUUCUGGGGAUCUGUGUUCAGAACCUGUCACGGUGCAGAAACAGCAAUCCUACAUUGGAAUGCUGGUGAGAACCUUCCGCAAGAGCAUGGACACCACGGACUCCCUCCUAAAGCAUCAUUCAAACGACAUUCAGCAGCUGCUUCCGAGGCUCAUGAAACUGUGCCAGGGGGUCGUCAACGCUGAGCUCGACCACCAGUUUUCACAUUCCAGUGCCUUAAUCGCUGAAUCCCUCACGGUCAUUAGUAUGAUGUCCGACACAAAAAUUCAGCAAGUACUUCUUGAUGGGCUGCUACAAUGGAUUGCAUCCUGCUCAGGCAGUACUAUUUUGCUGCCAGUCCUCCUCUGUGUGUGCCGCAACUUAGCUUCUGUGUACCACAUGGUUGCUGCCUCUGAAGUCUGCAUCUCAAAUUACCUCUCAUCAGCUCAGGUGCCUCCACCUGAUGGAGGCUGGAGUCAAGUGGUUGCCGUCUUCUCAGUGCCAGAGCUGUCUCUCAGCGAGUUCUUUGAGGCGUGUACUCAGAAAUCGGCUUAUUUUACCCAGUACUGCUACGUCCUGCACCGUCUGCCGCAAUGCAAGUGCCUCGCUGACGAGCAUGCUCUUCUCGUUCAGCUGGUUGAGUGGAUUGGUCGAAGCGUUCCGAGCAGUGAAGAUAGUGAGCCAAAACUACUGCUGCUCUGGGAGAAGGUAUUUGCACUGUCAAUACGUCAGCUUGACUUUGGGGCCAAUCCCCGUUCGGUGUACAAGACCCUCGAGGACUUCUGUGCCUCCCUGUCCAUUCUCGGAGAAGACAAGUCAGGCGCUGGGCUUUGGGGUGCCAUUGGACUUGGAAAAAGAUCAACAUUAUCUGUUCGCUUUCGAUUUUGCUGUAGAACGGUAUGUGCCUUUGUAUUGUCGCAAUUGGUGGAGCCCGGCAUGAUACGAUUGGAGCCCUGGAGGGCCGAGGACACGUGGAAACGUUCGCCUGCUUCAUCGCAAGCACUGGCAAGGUUGAAGGCGUUACAGACAAACCGAGCUUACGUGGCAAUGUCAUCUGAAAUUGAUGAGGCAUUAAGCAUCGUGCAGGACAGCAGCAAGAAUCUACGGGAUGGACUAUCUGUGAUUCGUACUCUGGUCAAUAGUUUCUAUGCUGACAGGGUGUACCUAAGAACCCUAUUCUUUGGGUUCAUGUGAUCGUCUUGGAAAUAAGGAUACUACGUGAUUGUGCGGCGGACCUCCGUGUGGCCCUGUGAAGAGCCUCAGUGAUUGUUAACAGCGAGAAUGUACUAUGGGAUGAGAGAGUAUGUGAUAGUUGUGUAUUUUAUAUUUUACUGUAUACCAGUGUCAGCUGAACCAUUAGUCAUUGGUACUUCACGAGCUGCGCUGAGAUGAAGUGACAACUGAUAUCGGUUGCACUAAAAAUGCGUCCUAUGUUCCACGCCAGUUUAGCCAUGAAGGUGACGGUGAACAGGACAGGCCGCAUUCACUUGCACAAUAGUUACACGACGUAAUUCUGCUACGUUUCGCUCCUAAAUAAUAAAGCUUGUGUUAAAUUUUAGCUGGAACUGGUUGACACGUAGUAUUGCCGUGAUAUUAUUAUUCCGGAGGAACUUUUGUAUGUAUGAGGUGUGAAAUGUUAACAUGAUUUAUGAAUACUCCUAUUAAAAAUAAAUGUUUUGGAACAA